GUGUUGAACACAUGGUGGGACGGGUGUGUGUGUGUGUGUGUGGGACAGUCACUCACGUGUGGAGGAAUGGAUCGAAGUUGAAGAAAAUAUUAGGUGAGAUUGCCCUUGGCUAAUAAUACAAGAAAGCAAAGACGCAGCAUCUUGCGUGUUAUACUCCUGCAAUUUGACAGUUGACGCCUGACGGGACCUCUGUCGAUACGUGUGACGCCAUGCGUAACGUGGAGAUCAAGGCGCGCGUGCGUGACCUGGAGCGGACGCGUCAGCUGGCGGCCCAGCUGAGCGGCUCCGACGGCCAGCAACUGGACAUGCGCGACACCUUCUUCCCGGCGGCGCACGGCCGGCUCAAACUGCGCGAGCAGACGGGCGCGCCCAACCGGCUCAUAUUCUAUGACCGGCCGGACACGACCGGGCCGAAACUCUCCGACUACAAGCUGGCCAACCUGGGCGAGGAGGUGGGUCCGCUCCGCGAGGUGCUGGCCGCUGCGCUCGGUGUGCGCGGAGACGUCGAGAAGCGGCGCUACCUCUACCUGGUGGGCCAGACGCGCGUGCACGUGGACCGGGUCACCGGGCUGGGCGACUUUGUCGAGCUGGAGGUGUGUCUGACUGACGAGCAGACCACCGAGGACGGCCAGGCGGUGGCCGACCGGCUCAUGGAGCAGCUGGGGGUAGCGCCCGACGACCUCAUCGACUGCGCGUACAUGGACAUGCUGCUGAAGAAGGGGGACGGGGAGGCCAGCUCGUAGGACGAGUCUGUCACCGGCGGGACGUAGGGAAUUCACCAAUCAGUCCGCUGGUAGUGGUGGGAUCGGAACUGCAGAUACACAGUCAUCCGUCGAUUCAACUGAGAUAGAUAUGGUUCAUUCCAAUUCCUGUGAUGCAUUCUCAAUUGGAAUGCGACUCAGACCAUUUAUACUCGAAUGCUGAUGGUUGAGAUAUGUCGCUCAUUUGCACUUUUUUGUUACUUUUGAUACAAAUAUACUAGCAAGUAUGC